CCCAGUCUGCAGAUAGCUCUAACGCUUACAGCAGCAGCCCCUGAUCAUGUGACUCCUCCUCCUCUUUCUCCAUGUGACUGAUCACAUGACUGUGACAUCAUGGCAGGUGGUGUAAGGACAGGGUAAGCACACGGCUGCUGUACAGCUCUGCGAGAGUGAAGACUCCACUGCCGAUAUCUUUUAUGUAUUUUUAUGAUUGACCGAUCAACGAUGGAGAGAGACAGAAACAACAUGGCCGACAGGAUAAUAAGCCUCGCCCUAGAGAUACUCUUCCGGCUUACUGGAGAGGAUUACACAGUAGUGAAGAAGUCCUCUAGUGGGCGCUGUCGGGCCCCAGUUUCUGAGGCACACAAGAAAAUAAAUGAACAGAAGAUCCUAGAGCUCACCAAAAAGAUGAUGGAGCUGCUGACUGAAGAGGUUCCUAUAAGGUGUCAGGACGUGGCGGUCUAUUUCUCCAUGGAGGAGUGGGAGUAUGUAGAAGGACACAAGGAUCAGUACAAGGAUCAGGUGAUGAUGGAGGAUCAGCAGCCCCUCACAUCAGCAGUCAGAUCCAGUAAGAGAACAGCAGCAGAGAGGUGUCCCCGUCCUCUUCUUCCACAGGAUCAGGAUCAGUUUAUGAAUCAGGAGGAAGAUGCAAACAAAAUUAAUGCUCCAGACAUAAGAGCAGAAAAAGAAGAAACGGAUAUAAGCGGUGAUGAGCCGUUUAAGGAGGGCAUUCCUACAGUGAAAGAUCCGAUCUAUGUAAAUGUUACAGACAUAAGGGUUAAGGAAGAAGAAGACGACACAUAUAUGUGGGGAGACAAGCCGUACAUAAAAGACAUUCCUACCGGGAAAGAUCUCAACUAUAUUAAUGCUUCAGAAAUAAGGGUAAAAGAAGAAGAGACAGAUGUGAGCAGUGAUGAGCAGUAUAAGGAGGACAUUCCUACAGGUAACCGCCCAGAUUUUCUGUUGCAGAAAUUCCGGAUAAAGCUGCAAAGAACCCCUAGUGGAUUAUAUGACUGUACCAGGAGAUCAGAGGAGAAUCUUAUAUCUUCAGGUUUUAAAACAGAGGAUGAUAUCACUCAAGAUACAUAUGAAGAUUAUUACAUCAUCCCAGAUACACCCUCAGCCCUUCACAGCCAAGAUCUGUCAUCUCAUCCUGUUAUACCCGUCCUGUCUACUGAUCCAUCACAGGCUGUUAUACAAAAUAAAUGUCACAGGAGCGAUGUUCGACCUAACAAGGCUCCUACAGAGAAGAAGUCAACUCCAUGCCCAGUGUGUGGGAAAAGUUUUACUGUGAGAUCCAGUCUUGUAAGACAUCUCAGAAUUCACACAGGAGAGAAGCCAUUUCAAUGCGCAGAAUGUGGGAAAUGCUUUUCUCUGAAAUCAAAUCUUGUUGAACAUAAGAAAACUCACACGGGGGAGAAGCCAUUUUCAUGCCCAGAAUGCGGGAAACGUUUUACCGUGAAAUCAAGUCUUGUCAGACAUCAGGUAACUCAUAAGAAAAAAGCCAAUUCUGCGCCCAAAAUGUGGGAAGUGUUUUCCAGCGAACUCACACCUCUUUGACCAUCAGAAAAUUCACUUGAACAAUGCCAUUUUCAUGCCAAGAAUGUGGGAAGUGUUUUACUACGGAUUUAAAUCUUGUUGAACAUCAGCGAAUUCAAACAGAGGAGAAGCCAUUUUCAUGCCAUAAAUGUGGAAAAUGUUUUCCUGCAAAAUCGACCUUUGUUAAGCUUCACACACGGGAACAUAGCCAGAAUAUGGAAAGUGUUUUGAGCAGAACAUCAGAGAAUUCACACAGCGGAAGGCAAUUUUUAAUGCUCAGAAUGUGGGAAAUGUUUUACUAUCAAAACGAAUCUUCCUAAUCAUCAAAGAACUCACACAUGCUCUGAAGGAAAUGUUUUAUUGUAAAUCAGAGAAUUUACACUACUGAAACUGUUUUUAUGCCCAGAAUGUGGAAAUUUUUUUACUCUGAAAUCAAAUCUUCUUACACAUCAAAUAACUCGCACAGGAAAAUAUUUUCAGGACUAGAAUGCAGAAAUAAUUUCUCACUAAUCUUCUUAAAGGGACACUUCCAUCAGAUGUGGUUAUUUUUUAACUAACUUAAUAUGCCUGGAAAAUUUUUAGAAUUUGUUUUUAAUUUUUUUUUAAAUAUAUUUCAGUAGUGUUUAUUGAACGUAAUACAAAAUCAUGUCCCUCUGUGGCCUUAUCUUAGUUUACUGCUACUGUAAGGGGAAGGGCUAAUCUCUAAGGGAAUCCUAUUAUAACAGUAGGUUUGGGGACUGGAAUGAAUGACAGAUCAUUCUAAAUAAGCAUGGCCUAAACACAACGGCACUCCAUAGUGGAGUAUCACUGGUAUAAUGAUAAACCAGGGGUUGGGGAGGGGUGAGCAGCCACUUACCACUACAACUUGUGUACCUGCAUACACAACAAUCGAUAAGGUUUGUAUUGGCAUGAUGUUCCUUCAGCGGCCUUCCUGGUAGGUAGAUACGAUCUAGAAGGAGCUUCAAAGUGGCACAGGAAUAACCUUGGCGCUGAUCGGGAUGAAUGGAGCAGGAGUCGUAGUACUUAAAACAAAGACUUUAUUUGGACCAGGAUAAAUGCGUUUUGCUGAGCAUGUGCAGCUUCUUCAGGCAUGACAGGACAAACCCUCUAGUAUAUAUACCGAAGGGUAUUAACCCUUAAAGCAAAAGUUAACCAUUAAACUCUCAGUAAACACUUUACAACAUUAAUAGAAAAAUCUAAAUGAAUACAUUGCACACACACAUAUCGCCAAAUGAACAUACAAUAUAUUGCACUGAAUUAACGGAUCACAAAUCCAAUUACACACAACAUAAAAAGGCAUCAAAAACGCUAGUCCUUGUUCACAUUAUACAUUCUAAAAAUGACAUUAAAAAAUAUACAGAAGUACAAAUAAUAACAUUCCUAAAAAUAUAAAACUGAAUAGUAAUAUCAGCAGUAGUACAUCAGCGAACAUUUUCAAUGGUUUCAUUUAAACCGUGCGGAACCAACGUCAACAACUUGUGAAUCCAAAAGAAUUCACGGUUAG